AUGUCGCGUUCAACAACUCAGCGUUCUUAUCUUAAGGACAUUCAGCAACUUUACCGUUUGAUUGAGACGUCGACAAAUGGUCAAGCCUCGAUAAUCUCUGUCAAUGAAAUGUCAGUGCUAAUCUCGUUGCAUCCAAAAUCUGGUUACAACGCGCACGCUGAUUUCACUGUGAAAAUUAAAUGUUCAUUGUCCUAUCCAAGAGAGAGUCCAGAAGUGACUUUCAAGUCACCUAUUUUCCAUCCCAACAUCGACAAUUAUUCGGGCAAUGUUUGUCUAAAUCUUCUCAACGAAUGGCUUAGCUGUUACAAUCUGCUGGAUGUCGUGAAGUCUCUUCUCUACCUCAUUGAAAAUCCGAAUUUCGAUUCGGCAAACAACUCGUUCGCAUACCUGGAGAAUAGAAACCUGUUGGCAAAGAAGACGAUGCGAGUGUUGGCAGGUUUGCCGGUGAAUGGACAGCGGUUUGCGCCGAACAAGGCAUGGUGUGAGUGGGCAGAGGCCCACGGAUGCCUUCCAGUUGGCGAGGAAGAGGAUGACGAUGAUGAUGAUACCGAGGGAACGAAAGAGAGCAGGGCGCAGGCGGGUUUCGUGGAUGCCGUGCAACAAUCAGACAGUGAGAACGGCAGUAUCUUUAAUGGCCCUAACUCUGCCUUCAAAAAAGGUGACAAUGAAGACUUUAUUGAUGGUGCAGCCGUGUUCGACGAAAAUGUUCUGUCAUUUGCAAAUAUGCGAUUCUCCGUUGAUUCAGAGAACGAAUCACAAGUUUCACCGCCCUUUGAACGCGAAUACACACUCGGAUACAUUGAGACCCAGCGUAUUCUUAUUUGGCAUCCUGGAUUUAGUGCCAAUGACAAGAACCCCUCGGUUUUCUACUUCUGCGAGCUUGUUGGUCAUCAUUCCUAUCAGAUGGAAUUUGAAGAUCUCUACAGCAUGCUUUUUGCAGGUGAUAUGUUGUACUCAAAGCAAAGUCAUUCUGAAUCAAGACAAGCAUCAAGUCUAUGUCCGUGGUACGAUUUCUUUCAGCCUGAGCACUAUUCCUAUCAGUCGAGCACUACUUCUGUCUCCGACCUAGCCACGGAGGAGGAAUUUGGGGCAUCUUGGGUGGGCUGUUUUGUGAGCGACGACGACGACGACGAACUUCUACUGGGAGCACAUCUGUGGAUAACAGUCAGUUUUGAAGUGGAGGAUGGUGAUACUAACAAGGAAUGUACAGGUGACAAAGAAGAUGAAAAAGUAGAAGUAGAAGAAGUGGAAAAUGGGGAAGAGGCCGUAGAAGAGAUGGUAGAACAUAAUGGAGAGGAAACAGUGAAACAGGAGGACACGAAUGAGGUGGAAGUGAAGGAGGAUGUGGAAGCGUUGGAAUCUAGUGGAGAAGCAGAUUCACUUUUGGAAGACCAAAAGACAUGUGAUGUUGAUGGUGCUGAUGAAGUGCAAAGCGACAUCACUGGAGUUGAAGUUGAGGAAUUUGCGUCUCAUGAUCAGAUCGAUGUUCCUGAAGACACGCAGUCAUCAAUGUCUUCAAUAACAUACAAAGGAAUAGAGCCAGAUUCGUAUAGGUUGGGCUACGAUGGUAGUUAUACACAUGAUUACUUUGAAUGUGCGAAACAAGUCAAUACUAAAAUGCAGCCACAGUGGCAUUGGUUUUUCCGUCAGACACGAUGGCCUUUUCGUUUCGCUCCACAGCUGAAUGUUGAUGUGUCUGUGCAUGAGAAUCGGAUACCGCCAUGGCGAGCGAGUGUCGGACGUCUGCUGUCGGAUGUCUGCAAUUUUUGCGCAAGAAACCGCCAAAUGCAAAAUCUUAUUCUUCUAGACCCCAUGGCUUUAUCACCGCUAUCACCGCUGCUCAAUCUGAUGCGACACUCCACGGAACCCAAAGCUCACCUGAUUGGUGUUCUGUGGAUGACCCCAUUUGAUGCUCUUUCUCCCUUUUACCACGUCCCUAUUCCUCGUCAAAAUAUCGAAGGUGGGGAAGAGGUGGAGCGCCCAUACCCGCGACCACUUUAUCUGCGAUUGCUCACUCUGACAGCCUUUCUGUCCAAUUGGCUUGCCUGGUUUUCUCGAAUUGAGACCUAUUCGUCACUGGGCACGUCUCGUUUUCCGCCAGCAGCUGUGUCCGAUCCCGUGGCAGGAUGUGUGUUGCGACCAUACAGUUUGGGUUGCGGCCAGUCUCCCCUUAUUGAUUUGUGGCCGCUGUGGUUGGCUCGACGACUGCUGCUCCUGCCCUUCCAUCUACCUCGGCUGUGUGACAGGCACAUCUCGCGACACUUCUUUCCUUUCACUGAUGUUGACGAAAUAUGA